AUGGGGUCAGUUCUGUGCAUUCGAUACUACCAACGGCCUCCGAAGCCUCCAAGCCUCCAAGCCAGCUACCAUGCUACCGUGAGCAUCACGGGGGAGGUGAUGAGUGAACACUGUGGAAACGUUGGUAGUGAUAACUAUUUCAGUUCGUCGGAGUUGUCUUGGAGAAGAUGGAUUUCCCAUCGGCUAACCCGGGUUACCGUCAGGAUCAGCCGUGGACACAUUACAACGGUUGGUCUCCGGUCAUGUCUCCAACAAACUGUCCUGCGGGCAUAUCGACUGGGCCACCCUUACAGCCGUAUCACUACCCAAGUCCAGUCGCCCAGCACAGACCUACGUCGCUUUACCCUCCACAUCCAGCAUGUACAGAACAGUCCGGUGGAAAGUCCGCGUUCAGAGUCUCGAUAUGGAUUGGACCCCCAGCUGUUACCCAGUGCUGUGCAGGUCAUGCGAGAAGACAGAGCGCAGUGGGAAGGAAGAGUGUUUAUAUCCGAACCCAAGUCCUCUCUGCCUCCACUGUCCACCACAGACUGCCCCCUAGAGGAUAGAGGUAAUGCCACGCCCCGUUUCAUUAGAUCCACCACCUACUGCUUCCCUAUUGAUCCUCAGUCAAGCCAGCAAAGCCGCCUGCCACUAGGGGUCAUCCUCUCACCCUUGGCCGCCCAGGAUGGAGGAGAGGCCCUGUCCCUGUGUGAGGCCAGUGAGUGUGUGAAGGGCUGUGUGGAGUGCGGAGCGUUUAUGUGCCCUGCCAUGUCAUGGCAAGACUGUGGGCAGAGAUUCUACUGCCCCUUCUGUGGCAACCUGAACGAAGUGCCGUGGCAGUUCUAUCAGCCCACUGAUAAACUGGGUCUGAGACUGGACCAUGAGAAGAGAGCAGAGCUCAGUCGGGGAUCAUAUGAAAUAUGGGAUCCACAGAGGCAUGAGACCUCCGUGUUGCUUUUGGCAAUAGAUGUCUCUGAAUCUGCCAUAAGAUCAGGAGAACUCCACUUCCUCUGUCAGGAAAUUCAGGCACUAUUACACUCUCUAAAUGGUGGGAAAGGUGCUGUCCAGUCAGAUGCUAGAGUGGGUUUAUUGACCUACGACAGCAGGAUUCAUCUGUAUGACCUGAGUCCGGCUUUGUCCCGCCCUCACAUGCUGGUCAUCACUGACACAGAAGACCUGACGCUUCCUGUGAGGGAGGGGCUUCUGGUGCCACUCAAAGACUGCAUACACAUCAUAGACAGGAUCCUACAGGAAAUUCCCAGAUUUGAUCCUGAAAAGCCGGAGGUCAUUGGUUCUCAGGAUCUUCCUGUCUCUGCAGGCCUGAACAUUCUUCUGGCUGCAGGGGCCCCUGGUAAACUCCUGGUCUUACAUUCUUCCCCAGUCUCAGAGAACCAAGACCAGCAAAACUCCACCGGGCUCUUCAGCUCCAGUAGACCAAAGUCCAUCUUUCAGCCUCCAGAUUCAUCCAUCUCAUUGGCUAAGAUGUGCGUCACUCAAGGCUGCAGCGUACACGUAUUUGUGUUUGGGCAACAGGAUGUGGGCGGGGCUUGGCCAGGAUAUCUUCCCUCUCUGACAGGGGGUGGGCUCUUGUGCUACAGUAGUCUGCAGUCGAAGAUGGAGAGGGAACGAUUCAGCGCUGAUUUGAAGAUGUCAGUACAGGGGGAAACUGCGUACAGGGUCCAGCUCAAAGUGUUUGUCAGCAAAGGUCUGCGCGUAUCCGGUUGCUAUGGAGCCUGCAUACCCGGCCCUGAUGCUAGCUGCAUUUCCAUGGCAACGCUUGACGGACACACGGCUUUGGCAGUAGAGUUCACUCACUCCAAACCUCUUGACGAAUCGAGAGGUGUGGCCAUACAGGUUGUGCUGUCGUACAGCACGGCUGAGGGAGAGAGGAGAACCCGGGUUCACUGCCUGACACUGCAGUGCUCACGCCACCUGCUGGAUACCUUCCGUAACUGCCAGGCCGAGACUCUCCUCACCUUCCUCUGCAAGAAGACAUACUGUGCAGCCAUAGAGACCCCUCUCCAGUCACUACGGGAGGAGCUACAGACGGAAGUGACGGAGUUGUUGGCCUGUUACCGUAAACACUGCACCUCCACCUCUGUGUCUCCUGGUCAGCUGGUGCUGCCGCAGUUUCUCAAAGCUCUGCCGGUGUUUGUGAACAGCCUGCGGAAGAGUGAGGUCCUCCUGCCGGGUCUGCGCAGCACCAUACACCAACGACUGCAGCUGCGCAGCCGUGUCGUCGCCAUGGAUACCAGGAGCACUGUCACACACUUCUACCCUCUCAUCCUCCAGCUGUCCGGGAAUGGGAAUGGCGAUGGGGUUAACUUUCCUAGCUGGGAAAGGGAUGUUCGAUGCACUGCAUCCAGCUUCGCCCCAGGAAGGGUUUUUUUGGCCUACAGCCCCCUGGCUCUGCUCCUGUGGGUUGGGGAGUCUGUUCCCAGCCAAUCCCUGCAGGAGAUCUUCAACGUCUCCUCCUUCUCCCAUCUUCAGUCUGGGGAGUUUACCCUGCCUGUGCUUGAGAACCAGCUCUCCAUCACUGUGAGGAAUCUAAUCAACACACUUCAGUCUCACUCUCCUCACAAACUAAAGUUGAAGGUGGUGAGACAGGGUGACAGCUGUGAGGAGGUGCUGCAGCACCUCCUAGUGGAAGACAAGAGUCCUAACGGUGGAGCAUCCUACGCAGACUUUGUCUUCCACCUUCAUGUCAACACAAUGCGCCUGCUAGUGUGA